AUGAACAGUAUGGCCGAUACCGAUAGAGUCAACUUGACUCCCAUCCAGAGGGCAUCUGAGAAAUCCGUGCAAUACCACUUGAAGCAGGUCAUUGGGAGGGGUUCUUACGGGGUAGUUUACAAAGCCAUUAAUAAACAUACUGACCAAGUCGUGGCAAUAAAGGAGGUCGUGUACGAAAAUGAUGAGGAACUUAAUGACAUUAUGGCAGAAAUUAGCUUGUUAAAAAAUUUAAACCAUAACAAUAUUGUUAAAUACCACGGCUUCAUACGAAAAAGCUAUGAAUUGUAUAUCCUCCUCGAAUACUGCGCUAAUGGUUCUUUGAGGAGGCUCAUUUCAAGGAGCUCUACCGGAUUAAGUGAAAAUGAAUCGAAAACCUAUGUGACACAGACACUAUUGGGGCUGAAAUAUUUACACGGUGAAGGAGUCAUCCACAGGGACAUCAAGGCGGCUAACAUCCUGCUGAGUGCUGAUAACACUGUCAAACUUGCUGAUUUUGGCGUUUCCACUAUUGUGAACUCCAGCGCCUUAACGCUAGCGGGCACACUCAAUUGGAUGGCUCCAGAGAUCCUGGGCAACAGGGGAGCUUCUACGCUCAGCGACAUUUGGUCUCUAGGUGCCACUGUAGUUGAAAUGCUCACAAAGAAUCCACCCUACCACAAUUUGACAGACGCCAAUAUCUACUACGCUGUUGAAAAUGAUACCUACUACCCACCUAGCUCUUUCUCUGAGCCACUAAAGGAUUUCUUAUCUAAAUGCUUUGUGAAAAACAUGUACAAGAGGCCGACAGCCGACCAGUUACUCAAGCAUGUGUGGAUCAACUCUACCGAAAAUGUGAAGGUCGACAAGCUCAACAAGUUCAAGGAGGACUUUACCGACGCUGAUUAUCAUUGGGAUGCCGAUUUUCAAGAAGAGAAACUAAAUAUAUCACCCUCUAAAUUCAGUCUUGCAGCGGCUCCCGCUGCCUGGGCAGAAAACAAUCAAGAACUAGAUUUAAUGCCCCCCACUGAAAGUCAAUUGCUGAGCCAAUUGAAGAGUUCAUCUAAGCCUUUGACGGACUUGCAUGUGCUUUUCAGUGUUUGCUCCCUCGAGAACAUCGCUGAUACAAUUAUCGAGUGUCUGUCGCGCACAACUGUUGAUAAACGAUUAAUAACUGCAUUUGGCUCCAUUUUUGUUUACGAUACCCAGCAUAACCACUCUAGGUUGCGACUGAAAUUCAUCGCUAUGGGAGGAAUUCCACUGAUCAUUAAAUUCGAACAUUUAGCCAAAGAGUUCGUCAUCGACUACCCUCAGACUUUAAUUGAAUGUGGAAUAAUGUAUCCUCCGAAUUUUGCAUCGCUGAAAACCCCAAAGUAUAUUUUAGAACUCGUCUAUAGGUUCUACGAUUUAACAUCCACAGCCUUCUGGUGUCGCUGGUGUUUCAAACACCUCGAUAUAUCACUCCUUCUGAAUAACAUCCAUGAAAGAAGAGCCCAAUCCAUACUACUAAAGCUAUCGUCAUAUGCACCAUGGUCUUUUGAGAAAAUUUUGCCCUCUUUAAUUGACUCUAAGCUAAAAAAGAAAAUUUUAAUCAGUCCUCAAAUUACUUACGUAGUCUUCAAAUCAAUAAACUAUAUGAUAACCACGAAUGACGAUAAAAUACACAAGUCCGCUAUUCCUUCUUCUUCCUCUCUACCGUUAUCCUCCUCACCCACGAGGAACUCACCAGUGAAUUCGGUACAGUCUCCAUCAAGGUCCCCUGUUCAUUCUUUGAUGGCAACGCGUCCCUCUUCUCCAAUGCGACACAAGAGCAUUUCAAACUUUCCCCAUCUGACCAUAUCUUCAAAAUCAAGACUACUAAUUGAAUUACCGGAGGGUUUCUUUACCUGGCUAACAUCUUUUUUUGUUGACAUGGCCCAAAUCAAAGAUUUAUCUGUUUUAAAGUACUUCACCAAGCUUUGUUACCUUACAGUACAUAUAAACAGCACUUUUUUAAAUGAUCUGCUUGACAACGAUGCUUUUUUUGCUUUUAUCCGGAAUAUUGAUACCAUCAUUCCCUUUAUCGACGACGCAAAGACAGCAGCUUUCAUUUGGAAACAAAUCACUGCUAUAUGCGUUGAAAUGAGUUUGGAUAUGGACCAAAUGAGUGCUUCUUUAUUUUCUACAGCUAUGAAUUUCAUCAGAAAAAAGAAUAACACCUCCAUAAGUGGACUGGAGAUCAUACUGAACUGCUUGCAUUUUACGUUACGCAAUGUAAAUGAUGAUGUGGCUCCUACAGUGGGCUCAUCAGAGUCUCAUAGUGUUUUCCUCAUAAAGGUCAACAAUGACGCUGCUAUUGAAUUACCGAUUGAUCAAUUAGUUGACCUGUUUUAUGCAUUGAAUGACGAUGACGUUAACCUCAGUAAACUAAUUAGCAUUUUCACGAAGAUAUGCUCAUUGCCCGGUUUUGAAAACCUUACAAUUAAUAUCAUAUUUCACCCGAACUUUUAUGAAAAGAUUGUUUCUUUCUUUGAUACCUAUUUCAACAGUUUACUUAUUCAAAUCGAUCUAUUGAAAUUCAUAAAGCUAAUAUUCUCAAAAUCGUUAUUGAAGCUAUAUGACUACACAGGACAGCCGGAUCCUAUAAAGCAAACCGAACCAAAUCGUCGUAAUAAGGCCACUGUUUUCAAACUUCGUGCCAUUUUAGUACAAAUAACGGAGUUUUUAAACAACAACUGGAACAAGGAUGUCCCAAAAAGGAAUUCAAAUCAAGUUGGGGGGGACUCAGUUUUGAUCUGUCAGCUAUGUGAGGAUAUCCGUUCAUUAUCAAAAAAAGGAAGCCUGCAAAAAGUUUCAAGCGUCACUGCAGCAAUUGGUAGUUCUCCAACAAAAGAUGAGCGUAGUAAUUUGCGAUCCUCCAAAGAUAAAAGUGACGGCUUUUCCGUCCCCAUUACAACAUUUCAAACAUAA